CACCAAUAGAGAUUCCUAAUGUUUUCUGCCAUUGGUACUCAAAUCUAAGCCAUCUCCUCUAUAUAUACCCCAUUCCCAAUUCCACACUCUUCACUUACAAUAACUCCCUCUUCCCUUUUCACAUCUGAACACCAGCACCUCUUUCAUGGCUUCCUUGGCCUUUUCAUCUCCAGGCUGCUUUCUGUCGCAGUCAUCGUUUCAAACGGUUUCAAACAGUAAGUCUGAACCAAGUUUUCCCUCCGGGAAGGCCAUGUUUGCAGCCAGGAAACACGACAACACUAGAGCUUCAACAGUCACAAAUAUUUCAAGCCCACAACGGCCAGUGGUUGCCCCAUUGCAGGAAAACGAAAAUCCUUCGAACCAGAAUCAUGUCGCAUGGACAAGCGUUAAACAAGAACGAUGGGAAGGAGAGCUGGCUGUACAAGGAGAAAUACCCCUAUGGCUGAAAGGGACAUACCUAAGAAAUGGUCCUGGGCUGUGGCACAUCGAAGACUACAACUUCCGGCACCUCUUUGAUGGCUAUGCCACUCUCGUGAAGCUGCACUUUGAGAAUGGCCGCUUGAUCUUCGGCCACCGGCAGAUUGAAUCUGAGGCUUAUAAAGCUGCAAAGAAGAAUAAAAAGCUGUGUUAUCGAGAGUUCUCAGAAGUUCCAAAAACUGGUAACUUCAUAUCGUACAUUGGGGAUCUUGCAAAGCUCUUCUCCGGUGCAUCUCUGACUGACAACGCCAACACCGGCGUGGUUAAACUCGGCGACGGACGAGUUGUGUGCUUGACGGAGACCCAGAAGGGUUCCAUAAUUAUCGACCCGGAUACACUGGACACGCUGGGGAAAUUUGAGUACAGGGACAAAUUGGGGGGUUUGAUUCAUUCGGCUCACCCCAUUGUCACUGACGCAGAGUUUUUAACGUUGUUGCCAGAUUUGAUCAACCCGGGGUACUGGGUGGUGAGGAUGGAGCCGGGGAGUAACGAGAGGAAGGUGAUUGGAAGAGUAAACUGCCGUGGCGGCCCGGCGCCUGGCUGGGUUCACUCGUUUCCGGUGACUGAACAUUAUGUGGUGGUUCCUGAGAUGCCAUUGCGGUACUGUGCGCAGAAUUUGCUGAGGGCUGAGCCCACGCCGCUGUACAAGUUCGAGUGGCACCCUGAGUCUAGAGGAUUCAUGCAUGUUAUGUGCAAAACCAGCGGCAAAAUUGUGGCAAGCGUGGAAGUGCCAUUGUUUGUGACAUUCCAUUUCAUCAAUGCAUACGAAGAGAAAGACGAAGAUGGAAGGGUGACAGCAGUUAUAGCUGAUUGCUGUGAACACAAUUCUGACACAACAAUUCUUGAUAAGCUUAGACUGCAAAACCUCCGCUCGUUCAAUGGCACUGAUGUACUGCCGGAUGCCAGAGUUGGCAGGUUCAGAAUACCAUUAGAUGGGAGUCCAUUUGGGAAGUUGGAGGCUGCAUUGGAACCAGAUGAACAUGGGAGAGGAAUGGACAUGUGCAGCAUUAACCCUGCUUAUCUGGGCAAGAUGUACAGAUAUGCCUACGCCUGUGGAGCUCGACGUCCAUGCAACUUCCCCAACACCCUCACUAAGCUUGAUUUUGUGGAGAAAAAGGCCAAGAAUUGGUAUGAUGAGGGAGCUGUCCCCUCGGAGCCUUUCUUUGUGGCUCGGCCUGGGGCAACUGAGGAAGACGAUGGUGUUGUAAUCUCCAUGAUCAGUGAAAGAGAUGGAGGUGGUUAUGCAUUGUUGCUGGACGGAACCACAUUUGAAGAAAUUGCGAGGGCAAAGUUCCCGUACGGUCUUCCUUAUGGGUUGCAUGGAUGUUGGGUUCCAAAAAUCUAAAUCUAUCUACUGAGUGAGAGUAGGCGUGAGAUCAAUCUUUCUUAUGAAUAGCUCUAUCGUGUUACCAGUGUGAUGUUAUUCUGAAUGUAUUGUUCCGAUUAUGUAAAGCUUGUGCAAAUAAUAAAUGAUUGACUACUAAU